AUGUUCCGCAACGCCGUCCGUCAGUCCACGCGCGCCGUGAGCGCCCUCUCUGCCUCUGGCAGAGUGCUUGCGGCCCGAAAUGCCGCACCCGCCGCCUUCAACGUCCAGACCCGAUCCUACGCCGAGGCCAAGGCCUCGCCCACCGAGGUCUCCUCCAUCCUCGAGCAAAGAAUCCGCGGUGUCGCUGAGGAGACCAACCUGGCCGAGACUGGCCGUGUUCUCUCCGUCGGUGAUGGUAUCGCCCGUGUGCACGGUAUGGCCAACGUCCAGGCCGAGGAGCUGGUCGAGUUCGCCUCUGGCGUCAAGGGAAUGUGCAUGAACCUGGAGGCUGGCCAGGUUGGUGUUGUGUUGUUCGGUUCUGACCGUCUGGUCAAGGAGGGUGAGACCGUCAAGCGUACCGGUGAGAUUGUCGAUGUCCCCGUCGGCAUGGAGCUCCUCGGUCGUGUUGUCGACGCCCUCGGUAACCCCAUCGAUGGAAAGGGCCCUCUCAACACCAAGGAGAAGCGCCGUGCUCAGCUCAAGGCCCCUGGUAUCCUGCCCCGUCAGUCCGUCAGGGAGCCCGUCCAGACUGGUCUCAAGUCUGUCGACGCCAUGGUCCCCAUUGGCCGUGGCCAGCGUGAGUUGAUCAUUGGUGAUCGUCAGACCGGAAAGACCGCUGUCGCUCUGGACGCCAUGCUCAACCAGAAGCGCUGGAACAACUCCAACGACGAGUCCAAGAAGCUGUACUGUAUCUACGUCGCCGUCGGCCAGAAGCGUUCCACCGUCGCCCAGCUCGUCAAGACCCUCGAGGAGAACGACGCCAUGAAGUACUCCGUCAUCGUUGCUGCCACCGCCUCCGAGGCCGCUCCUCUCCAAUACAUUGCUCCUUUCACUGGUGCCUCCAUUGGUGAGUUUUUCCGUGACAGCGGAAAGCACUCUCUGGUCAUCUAUGAUGAUCUUUCCAAGCAGGCCGUCGCUUACCGUCAAAUGUCUCUGCUGCUCCGUCGUCCCCCCGGACGUGAGGCUUACCCCGGUGACGUUUUCUACCUGCACUCGCGUCUCCUGGAGCGUGCUGCCAAGAUGAACGACAAGCUUGGUGGUGGUUCCAUGACUGCCCUGCCCAUCAUUGAGACCCAGGGUGGUGAUGUGUCUGCUUACAUUCCCACCAACGUCAUUUCCAUCACCGACGGUCAGAUCUUCUUGGAGUCUGAGCUGUUCUACAAGGGUAUCCGACCUGCCAUCAACGUCGGUCUGUCCGUCUCUCGUGUCGGUUCCGCUGCCCAGCUCAAGGCCAUGAAGCAAGUCGCCGGUUCGCUCAAGCUCUUCUUGGCCCAGUACCGUGAGGUCGCCGCCUUUGCCCAGUUCGGUUCCGACUUGGAUGCUGCUACCAAGCAGACCCUGAGCCGUGGUGAGCGUUUGACCGAGCUUCUCAAGCAGAAGCAGUACUCCCCCAUGGCCGUCAACGAGAUGGUUCCUCUUAUCUUCGCUGGUGUCAACGGUUACCUCGACAACGUCCCCGUCGCCAAGAUCCUGCAGUGGGAGUCUGACUUCCUUGCCCACCUCAAGACCAACGAGUCUGAGCUCCUCGCCACCAUUGACAAGGAGGGUGCUCUCAGCAAGGACCUCGAGCAGAGACUGCGGGAUGUCGUCCAGACCUUCACCAAGAGCUUCAGCUCAUAA